AUGUGGGAAUGCUCGGGACGGGAGCUGCGGCACGGCCGGGACGGCAGAGAGGGGGGUCUGGGGAUUCCAGCUGAGCUGGACGCACAGCCGAGCGGGAAGAGUCCCCGCUCCAGCUGGACACCCUCCUCAGGGCUCCUGGAGCCGGGGUCAUCCUCGGCGGAUGCUCCGCAUCAGCGGCAACGCGGUCCCCGUGGGGCACCUCCGCCUGGCCCCGGUGCCCAGCGUGACUCCGGCCUCUCUCUCCACACAGGCGUCGUGCCCUUCGUGGCCCUGCUCCUGCUGCAGCGGCGGCCGGUGGCCGGCCGGGCGCUGCUGGUGACCGGCUCCGGCUGCCCCAGCCACAGCUUGUGCCGCUCCAACGUGCAGGAGCAGACCCGCAGGCAGGUGGCCGUGCUCAACGCCACCGCCCAGGAACUCUUCAGCCUCUACCUGAAGUGCCAGGGAGAACCGUUCAGCAGCGAGAGCGACAAGCUCUGCAACCCAGCUGGCAUCUUCUUCCCCGCUUUCCGCGUCAACCGGACGAGCGAGAGGAAGGAGGUGAUGGUGGCCAUGUACAAGCUCUUCGCCUUCCUCAACGCCUCGCUGGGCAACAUCACGCGCGACCAGGAGGAGCUCAACCCCAUGGCCAAAGAGCUCCUCGAGAGGCUGCACAACACCACCAAGACCACCCGAGGCCUCAUCUCCAACCUCACCUGCCUCCUCUGCAAGAACUACAACAUCUUCCAGGUGGACGUCAGGUACGGGGACAGCUCCAAGGGCAAGAGCGCCUUCAAGAAGAAGCAGCAGGGCUGCCAGGUGCUCAGGAAGUACGUGCAGGUCAUCGGCCAGGCGGCACGUGUCCUCCUACCUCAUCUCGGCCCCUCAUGAGCGCCUGCCCAGGCACCGCUGCCUUUCUGCUGCUGGCCGGCCUCGCCGCCGCCUCCCGAAUUCCCGCCUUCCUAUUUAUUACCUGGACCCUGCGCUGGCCCCAUCCGCCCUCCGGUAAUUUAUUGCCCCUUGAGGGGGCGAGCGUUGCAGCCCGGAGUGACCCGGGCAGAGCAGAGACAGCAUCCAGCAGGACGAGGCAGAGCAUCCCCGAGGAGAUGCCGGGGCGUGGGCUGGUCCCGGGAUGUGCCUCAGCCAUCCCCGUGCUCCCGUGGGGCGCGGGGAGCCGUGGGGGCUGGCGGCAGGGCCGGACUCUGUCCCCCACGGUCGGUGUCGUUGUGGGGAGCCGUCGGACAGACGCCCCUGAGCACCGUCUGAAAGCUGUCACUUCCCUGGAAAAAGGACUGCGAGGAAGGACGUUGGGAUCCAGUGGCUGGCAGGGACGUGGGGACAUGGGGACACGCUCCCCCUGCACACUUUAAGGCUGGGCUCCCCUGCAAGGAGCCAAACUGAGGGUACUGGUGGCUGUGCUGGCUGGGGCUGGGUCCCACCGUCUGGGACAAGGCCACCUGUGUGGGACAGUCACCCCACUGUGGAGCAUCAUCCCCCCGCGCGGGCACGGCGGGGCACGGAACGUCCUCUCCUUUGGAAAAGUGCUUUUCCCACUGGAAGAGCUCUGAAUGUACUAACGGCCAAGAGCUUGGCUUCCCACGGCUGAAUUCAGCCCUGGCAUGGGGACAUGGGACAAGGGGACAUGGGGACAUGGGACGCAGAGACACAUGGAUGUGGGACAUGGGGACGUGGGGACACAGGGGCGGGCCCCAGGCCGGUGGCAGGUGGCGCUGGCUCGCUCCUGGCACCAGAGCGGGCUGUGAGGAUUAUUUAUUGCCUCCGUUGAAAGCCCAGAGUGCACUGAGAGCUGACUUUUAAUAAUUUUAUUGUUAAUAAUAAUUAAUAAUUAUUAAUAAGAUUUGUGGUAAUAUAUUCAUGGAAUUCUAUUUAAAUAUUUAUUUUUUUAUACUUCUUG